AUGUUGAAAAGAAAUAAAGCAAAUGUUGUAAAUAAUACUGAAGUAGCUGAAGUUAAACAAACUCCAACACCUUCGCCAAAACCAACGUCAAAACCAACGCCUUCACAAGCAAAACCUUCAAUGACUCCUGAACCUAUGGAAGUACAAACUCCUGUUCAAAAGUCAACUCCUAAACCGACUCCAACAUUUAAACCAGAACCUACUCCUCAAAUAAAUCGUAAAACUCCUGCGUUUCCUUACUGA